AUGGAUUCGGGUACAGGGGCACGUGGCGUGCCGGUUGGUUGUUGUCUGUUUGCGGCCAACAACACGGUCGACAACGAGCGUCAGAUUCACGCCACCGGCACGACGAUGGACGGCGUGAGCUUGUGGUCGUCGGCAUCGCUGGACACCAAUUGCAACGCGAUUGACCGUAAUGGCGACGAUGGGGGUUGCUUCAACGACAGCAAAGUAACGGUGCGAUUUUGCACCAACGCCAUCACGGCGGAUACCGUCGAGCAGCUGAUGGUGAAGGAAUCCGACUACCAGAUGCAGCUGGUGGCGAAACCGAGCGAGGUGGCCGUCGUUGUGGACACCCCCAACAACCGUGUCCGCGUGGCGCUGGGAGUCCUGAUUCGGUUGAUGCUUCCGCUUACGCACGGCGUAGCACGUGGCUGGAAAGGACUCCGGGGUUUAAGCGUGUUGGCACUGCUCCGGAAGGUGCGUGAAAGCCACGGUCUCCUGACAACGCUGUUCGCCGUCGCGGCCAAUACCGUCUCGUUGAGCCUGUCGUCCGUGCAAGUGGCACACCGGAUCGAUCCUCUGCUGCGUGUGAUCAAAUUUCGUAAAGACUCAUCGACGCCGUCCCCAAAACCGAUCACCGAAGCGGGCGUGGUGUCGAACUCACUCACAAGUCUGCGUGUGCCGCGCCCUCUAGCGGAGAAGUGCGUCGAUUUGGUGGUGCUUGCAGAACCUCCACCAGGCCAACCGAUCCGCGCUGACAUCGUGCUUAUCCACGGACUACACGGUUCCCUUGUUAACACCUGGAAACAAGGGCUUUGGAACAGCGAAGGCCGGCUGGUGAACUUCGAGCGGCCUCCAAAGCCUCCAUUACGGCCACCGAAACGUCAGCGACAUUCCCGUGCGAAUCUGUUCGCACCACCACACGUCUCGAAACGGGCAAAGUUUGACAUGACCUCGGAACCGGAACCAGAACCGGGAGUAAGCUUGCACGGCACCGAUUGGCCGGAAACGUUCGAUGAGUCACGAUCUACGUCUUACGAGUUCGCUCACCGGCGUUUUACGUAUCAAUGUGGCGAACCGGAUGAAGUGCACUUUGCGGAUGAUGUUGAGUACAGUUUUCCCACCUUCCGGUUGCGGAUCGAGGAGGAAGGUGCAGGUAGGAAGGUGGAUGAUGCACGGGACACUCAGGGUGCGAUCGAAGACGGCACACCGAUGACUACGGGUGGAAAGCGUAAACUCCCGAGACCGACAAAGGACGCAAACUGGUCACCGUGUUGGCCGGGUGAUUGGCUACCGCUGGAUUGUCCUGGCGUGCGUGUGAUUGCGGUUAACUACACCACCGAUCCGUACCUUUGGCGGCCAGUCUGGAUCACCAAGAGGAACCGAUCAAACCUAGUAGAUCGUGCCCGCGAGAUGAGUGAUCUGCUAAUCGCCAAAGGCGUUGGCCGGGGACAUCCGAUCGUUUGGGUUGGCCACUCAAAGGGUGGCAUCUUCAUCAAGCAGAUCCUGGUGGAUGCGUGGGAAAGCGGCCGGCCUGCAGCGGAACCGUUGUGGCGUUCUUCCCGGGGUACCUUCUUCUAUUCCGUGCCUCACCGGGGAUCGCCCCUGGCAGACUUCAAUUUGCCGCUGCUGCGCCAGUCGGUGGAGUUGCUGGAAAUACAGAAAAAUUGUUCCAGUAUUCUCGAGCUACACAGUCGCUUCGUGGCCCUGUACCACAGUGGCCAGCUGAAGAUAGACGUGUUCAGUUUCGUCGAAACCGCGCUCACGCUUAUGUCCGUGCUGUACCUGCGCAUAGUCGGGAUCGAUUCUGCUGAUCCCGGUAUCGGUGAGGUGUGUGGAGUACAUCUGGAUCAUCGGGAGAUAUGCAAACCUCGCAGCCGCAGCUGCCUUCUUUACACCGAGCUGGUCAAGAUGAUCAACCGCGUGAGCUGAAGCCAAAGAUGAGACGGGUGAUACGGAUACGGUAACAGGUGGGGCAACGCAACCGAGCUACCGAUGGCACGAAGCAGGAAUGUCCUUAGGAAAGAAAGGAAGCUCAAUAUUUGUUUUAAAAUAUGUUUCCACCUUACUCCGUUUUGUUCUAAACUAGAUAGAAACGUAGCUAGGUAGCGUAUAACGCGCUGGAGAGAAAUCGGUAGAGCGCCAGUUAGUUUUGUAUACCAUAAGGAUGAAUAUUAAGUCCUCGUUCCGGUCCACCGAAGUUCCACCAAAGCGCCAGGACGCCGAGGAGCAAUAGCUUACAUUAUGAGAUUUCUUUGAUUACCUCCCGUAUGGUUAGGAAUGGCGGUUUUUGUUAUUAGGAUUUGUUUUUUGUGUUUUUCUUUUGUUAAUACAUGUUUUAACUGUUAGCGUACACCGUUACCAAAACGGAGCAUACAGGUCUAGGGAGAGCAUCCAGUUGUUUUGGGUGGCCGUUUGAGGCAGCCUUGCAGUGAUGAGUAUACAUACAUACAUACAGUGAUGAGUAGAGCUAGAUUGGAUUUGGAUCCACAGGGAAUAAGUGAAGGUAGCAAAGCUACCUCGUGCAGGAACAAACGUGCGACAGAUACUACUUUGUGAUAACCGUUUAAGUACUACUGUUAUGCGACUACCGAAUAUACGUAGAUUUUGU